AUGGGGAAUGCCACAGCUGGGUUCAUUCUCCUAGGACUCUUUAACUACACCAGAGCUCACCUGGUUCUCUUUGUGCUGGUUCUGACUGUGGCCCUCAACUCCGUGGUAGGCAAUGCCCUCCUGCUUCUCCUGAUUCAGCAGGAUCGCCGGCUCCACACACCCAUGUACUUUCUCCUCAGUCAGCUCUCUCUUAUGGACAUGAUGCUGGUCACCACCACUGUGCCCCCCAUGGCAGCGGGUUAUUUAACGGGCAAGAAGUUCAUCUCCACUGCUGGCUGUGGCUUCCAGAUCUUCUUCUUCCUCACACUGGGAGGUGGCGAGUGCUUCCUCUUAGCGGCCAUGUCCUAUGACCGCUACGUGGCGAUAUGCCACCCUCUGCGCUAUCCGGUUCUCAUGAGCUGGCAGUUAUGUUUGAGACUGACCUUGGGAUCUUGGCUCCUGGGCGCAGCUGAUGGAGCCAUGCAGGCUGCCGCCACAAUGAGCUUCCAGUUUUGCAACCGGAACGAAAUCGACCACUUCUUUUGUGAGGCCCCUGUGUUGUUGCACCUGGCUUGUGGUAAUACAUCUGCCUUUGAGUUUGUCAUGUACAUCUGCUGUGUGUUGAUGCUUCUGGUCCCCUUCUCCCUCAUCCUGACAUCGUAUGGCCUCAUCUUGGCCACUGUCCUCCGAAUGCGGUCCAUAGAAGCCCGCAAGAAGGCCUUUGCCACUUGCUCCUCUCACGUGGCUGUAGUGGGCCUCUUUUAUGGAGCUGCCAUUUUCAUCUACAUGAGACCCACAUCUUCCAGGUCGGCUAACCAUGAUAAGGUUGUAUCGGCAUUCUACACUAUUGCCACCCCCAUGCUGAACCCCCUCAUCUACAGCCUUAGGAACAGCGAGGUCAAGGGUAGCCUGAGGAAGUGUGUGGCCCGUUGUGCUGCCCUAACUAGUAGAAAUGCCUUGGUUUGCUUGGCCUUUGACGGCUGUACAAAGAGGAAGGACAUCCAGUAG